CGUCCGCUUCUCCUGUUGUGCUGCGACAGAGCGCAGCGCGAAGCGGCGGGCGAUGGCGGCGGCGAGGGUUUUGGGAUCCGCUCUGAUAGGGCUGAGCUGGCAGCCGUCCUCCGCGUCGUCGUAUUGCUCGGGCUCCUCGUCGCUUCUCCUCCGCUGGCAGUGGCGGCGGCUCUUCUCGUCUUCGGGCUCGAGGCUCAGCAUGAGCCUCAAAGCCGGCAUCGUCGGUCUCCCGAACGUCGGCAAGUCCACCCUAUUCAAUGCCGUAGUUGAGAAUGGUAAAGCUCAGGCAGCGAAUUUUCCUUUUUGUACAAUAGAGCCAAAUGUCGGCAUAGUCGCGGUCCCUGAUCCACGACUCAAUGUUCUUGGGGGGCUCAGCAAAUCUCAGCGGACAGUCCCAGCGUCUAUAGAGUUUGUUGAUAUUGCUGGCCUAGUGAAAGGAGCAAGUCAAGGAGAGGGUUUGGGAAAUAAAUUCCUUUCGCACAUUCGUGAAGUGGAUUCCAUACUUCAGGUAGUACGCUGCUUUGAGGAUAAUGAUGUCAUUCAUGUGAAUGGGAAAGUCGAUCCAAAAUCAGAUAUUGAUGUUAUCAACUUAGAGCUAGUUUUCUCAGAUCUUGAACAGAUUGAGAAAAGGCUAGAUAAACUUAAGAAGGGCAAAGCAAAAGAUUCACAAUCCAAGAUGAAGGAAGAGGCAGAGAAAUCAGCAUUGGAAAAGAUUCAAAAGACACUUAUGGAUGGAAGACCUGCACGCUCUGUUUCUUUAUCAGACUUGGAGAAAGAAUCUAUACAUCAUCUCUGUUUGCUGACCAUGAAACCUGUCAUAUAUGUAGCUAAUGUAGCAGAAUCUGAUCUUGCUGAACCAGAUAACAAUCCUCAUGUCAAAGAAGUGAUGAACCUUGCCUCAGAGUUGCAAUCUGGCAUAGUAACUGUAUCAGCACAGGUAGAAGCUGAGCUUACUGAGCUUGCACAAGAAGAGAGAAUUGAGUUUCUGAAGUCACUUGGUGUUAGUGAAAGUGGUCUCGGGAAUCUGAUAAGAGCAACAUAUAAACUUUUGGGGUUGCGCACUUACUUUACCUCAGGAGAAAAGGAAACAAAAGCAUGGACAAUAUUAGCAGGCAUGACAGCACCUCAAGCUGCUGGGGUGAUACAUUCAGACUUUGAGAAAGGAUUCAUUAGAGCAGAGACUGUCUCUUAUGAUGAUUUUGUUGCAGCUGGCUCUUUAGCGGCUGCAAGAGAGAAAGGACUACUGAGAUUGGAAGGAAAAGACUACACUGUCAAGGAAGGAGAUGUUAUGCUUUUCAGGUUUAAUGUCUGAUAACAUGAUUGGUGCUCGAGUAAAUUUUAUUUUUUAAAGAAAAUUUUUGGAUAGCCCUCCGUCGGUGAUCUUCAAAACAAGGUGAUUGUGAGCACAAAAAAUGAGAAAAAAAAAAAGAGGUUUAGAAAUAUACCAAGAAGAAAGGCUAAGCAGGGUACAUGUCAAGCAAAUACAAUUAUUCUUGAGAUGUGUUUUUUUUUUUUGUCGGUAGAUAUUGGAGUAUGAAGCUGAAUUGCUAUCGUAGAUAUGUUGACUAUGUUUUUUGCUGGAAAAUGUUGUGGAAAUUUGACACAAUGUUUUAUUAUAUGAACAAUCUGCUAUGAAAAUUGCUUUCAACAGA